CAAGAGUCUCAGCAACAAGUUCAACUCAAUCUAAAGUCUUUUUUUGGUAGUAGUUUGGUCUUUUAACCAUGAACUCUUCAAGCCAAGCAAAAGCAGUACCAUUGAUCAUGGCCCUAUUAUUUAUGCUGCUAAUUCUCUUACUUGCACCAACUUCAGAAGGUGCUAUCUCUUGUGGCACUGUGAUUAGCAACGUUAAGCCAUGCCUCAGCUAUUUACAAGGUACUGGUGGGAAGCCACCACAACCUUGCUGUUCUGGUUGUAAAUCUCUUUCAUCUGCUGCUGCAACUACACCAGAUAGGCAGGCUGCAUGCACUUGUCUCAAGAAUGCAUCUCAAAAGAUCAACAUUAAUGUUCAACUAGCACAGGGUCUCGCUCAGAAUUGUGGAAUCUCCUUGUCCGUCCCUAUCUCAAAGAGUGUUGAUUGCACCAAGAUCAAUUGAAGUGGUUUAAGGAUGAUAGAAGGCAUUUCUUUAAUUUGGUGUGAGCUAUAUAGCAAAUAAUUUGUUUGGAACGUAACUGUCUUUUUCUGGUUUGGUUUAUGUACACUUAUGUUCAGAGUUUUUGCACUUCUGUUUUGCAUGUAAUAAAUUGUGUUUUCUCUGAUGGGGAAAAUAUAAUGAGAACUUUUCUUACUCUGCGUACUAAACGAGCUGAGCUUACGUAUUAAAUGCAGUAUUUUGUGAGAAUUUAUCUAAUAAAAUUUCGAGUUAUUGUUUU